AUGGCAGUCGCAGUGUUCCCCAAUGAACGACGGAUGGUUACCGACUCGAUCGACAAGACGCUUCGUCUGUGGGACUUGAAGACAGGUGUUGUGUUGAAGAAGAUGGAGGGGCACAGCGCGGAGGUAUUGGGAUUGGCUGUAUCACAAGAUGGGCAAUUAAUACCAAGUGGUGAUUUUAACGGAGAGGUCAUUGUUUGGCACGGAGAAACUGGCGAAUCACUCACCCAACCCAUCAAAGCCCACUCCAGUUGUGUCUCCUCGCUGGACUUUUCUCCUGAUGGAACCGUGCUGGUCACUGGUUCAGGCGACGGAAUGACGAAACUAAAACUUGGAAGAAGGAAGUCAAAUCACGUGCAGUCCGCUGCGUACGACUCCCAGGCACGAGGAAACGCGUCGCAUCCUUUAAGCUUCAAGGGUCAUACACUAUACAAUUGCUCACUCGCACGGAUGCCCGAUGGCACACACCUUCUUUCAGGCGGCAAUGAUUUCGAUCCUACCCUACGCGAAUGGGAUGCAUUGACCUGGCAGCAGGCAUAUCUACGUGUUCAACUCGGAAUAAAAGCCUUGGAUGGCACGCGUUACGAUGAGGCCGCUGACAGUUUCACUGCUGCUGUCAACACUAGCGCUUUCUCAUCGCAAUCGGACAUUCAUGAAAUUUACGAGGAUUUAGUGGUGCUCUUCGGCUGGGACCUGAAAUCGUUGUGGCUCACUGCACACCAGGAAAAUUGUCAUGCACUCCUUCUGGCAGGUAAACUUCAAGAUGCCGUGAGAUCAUACCGAUACAUGAUGGUUUUGAGUGAUGAGCUACAAUCCUCACCUACAUUUAUAUCAGAUUUCAAGCAAGAAUGCAGCGUACUCUGUGCUGUCAACGGAGAUACUGCCCUCACUGCAAACGAGUAUAACAGGGCUAUUGACCUAUACUCAGCGGUGAUCGAUCUGGAUUUUGCAUCCGAUGUCGAUGCGCUCCUCGACGUGCAAAAGGUUACCGAACUCAAUUCUUCUUCUCACGUCGGAUACCAGUUAACAUACACAGCGUUGCAUGCUGCGCAACGUUACGACGAAGCCAUUAAGGCCUUCACAAUCAUGUUGUCCAAGUUGGAUAGUGCUCCCGAAGCACAGAUACGAAGUAGGUUCUGGGACAUUCAUUCAUUAAUUCGAAAAGCUGUUUGGAUUGAACUCGAAAACGCCCCGCUUCGUCUACUUAACACUUCCACGGGUCUCUUGUGCAACCGAGCGGCACAGACAAACUCCUUCAAAAUGAGUUCAGAGUACAAGGAGCUUCUUUCAUCUACAACGAAGCAUUCAGACCUCCAAACGGAACGCAUCAAAGACGUGGUGGCAACAUACUUCCGCUGCGUCCUGCUAUCGCACAGGUGGGAAGAGACGGAAGUGCUACUGCACGACAUUCAGGACAAAGUCGUGUACGAGUUGAAUGGACUUGGUGGCAUCACGAAACUACAGUCAUUCUGCAAAAUCGUUCGUGAUGCUGGAUAUCACUGGGCCUGGAUAGACACAUGCUGCAUCGACAAGAAUAGCAAUCCCGAGGUCCAAGAAUCAAUCAACUCCAUGUUCGUAUGGUAUCGUCACUCAGCGCUUACCAUCGUCUACCUAUAUGAUGUCCCUCCUUCAUCCCAGCCCGGUGCACUGGCGCAGAGUGUUUGGAACGAGAGAGCAUGGACCUUUCAAGAAUUGGUCGCUCCGAAAGUCGUAAUCUUUUAUCAGAAGGACUGGUCAUUAUAUCUCAACGAUCGCUCUCCCAACCACAAAGAAUCUCCUGCAAUCAUGAAGGAGUUGGAGGAUGUGACGGGCAUAGAUGCACGGACCCUAAUCUCCUUCCGUCCAGGGAUGAGUGACGCUCGACAGAGACUUCAAUGGGCAUCGUCACGCAUCACUACAUUGCAAGAAGACAUCGCGUACUCAUUGUUUGGUAUAUUCGAUGUCCACUUACCUGUAAUGUAUGGCGAGAACAAGCAGAACGCGCUCGGGAGACUCCUGCAGGAGAUCGUGGCUCGGUCGGGCGACAUCACUGUCCUCGAUUGGGUCGGACAAGCGUCCAAGUUCAAUAGCUGUCUUCCAGCCUAUAUCACCUCUUAUUCUACUCCUCCUCGCACCCUUCCAUCUUUGUCCGAAGAUCAGAUUCAGACAACUAUCUCUUCGCUGCGAAAAAAUCCUGUGGCUCUGGAUCUGGCUUCGAAACUUCACGACGCGCUUGAUUGCAUGAGCGCUGCUCGUUUCGUGAGCUACAGACUGUAUCUGCCUUGCAUAGCAUUCCGUGUCACAGAAGUCAGUCUGAGCUACGGUCCAUCCGAGACUCAAUACCAAGUCAAGGCAGACGGGCUUCAUGACCUGCUGAUCACCACCAACGAGCCGCUUGUUCAGUCCUCGCAGACAAGGCCCCCUCAGCAAACGUUCGUGCUUGUUCGUCCCUGGGAUCGGUCUCUCAUCGAGCUAUCAGACUUUGCGGAUUUGCUAGACGAUACGGAAAGCGAGGAAGAAUAUUGGACGCCACCUCCUUCUCCGUCAGACGAUUCAUCUAGCCGUUCUUUUGUAAAACAGGUGGAUGGUUCAAAAUCGCGAGCAUUGCGGUUGCUUGUUCACCUUGGGCAGCCUUUCCGCGCAUUUUUGCUAGCGCGGCAGCGCCGUGGAGAAUACAAGAGGGUCGCUUCGGAUCGUGAUAUCAUCGCACAAGUCAAAGAUGUGGCUUCUGUUCGAUACCUCAUGGACAUCAGAAUGAUGGAAAUUUCGUAG